CUGUCACAGUAACACUUUGACAAAUGACAUAAAUAUUGACUCUCAAAGUGUCCGUACGCAUGUUACGUAAAUUAAUUUAUUUGUAGUAUAUAAGAUCAAUUGUUUCAUAAAUAGCAUAUGAGAACACUCUCCUAGCAAAAUGCAAGCCAUCAAAGCCUUGGGUGCUGCCACCCCUUCUUCAAUUCUGUCUGUUUUGAAGAAAGGAGCUUUUGCCCCGGCUGUGAAUCAGAUACGUGAAACACAUUUGCCUGCUCCUAACCCCAAGGAAAGACGUCCAUACUCCCCGUUCCAAGAUGCGAGUAAUAUGGCCGAGUAUGCAGUGGCCAGGUUGGAUGAUUUACUCAACUGGGGAAGAAAAGGUUCAAUUUGGCCCAUGACUUUCGGAUUGGCUUGCUGCGCCGUGGAGAUGAUGCACAUCGCAGCUCCCCGUUACGACAUGGACAGAUAUGGUGUAGUAUUUCGUGCAUCACCUCGUCAGGCAGACGUCAUGAUUGUGGCUGGUACCCUCACCAAUAAAAUGGCACCGGCAUUGAGAAAAGUUUAUGAUCAGAUGCCGGAACCAAGAUGGGUUAUUUCCAUGGGCAGCUGUGCUAAUGGUGGUGGAUACUACCACUAUUCAUAUUCUGUUGUCAGGGGUUGCGAUCGAAUUGUACCAGUAGACAUCUACGUACCAGGAUGCCCGCCUACUGCUGAAGCGCUUAUGUACGGAGUGUUACAAUUGCAAAAGAAAGUCAAAAGAAUGAAGACCGUUCAAGUCUGGUACAGAAAGUAAAUGUAAAUAAAAUAGAAGAAUCAAUGACAAAUGUUUUGUAAAUUAUUUUUCUCAUUAUUAAACCACUCAAUAGUAUAGCAGCAUCAAA